AUUUGGAUCCGCCGAUUUAGGCAACCUUCUUUUUGCUCUUACAUUUUGGAAAACGCAAGCAGACCCACAGAUUCAGGGUUUAUCCACCUUUUAUCUUUCGCCGAGAUUCAACAAUGGCUGAUGUCGAACCAGAGGUUGCCGCGGCGGGAGUGCCGAAGAAGAGAACGUUCAAGAAGUUCGCCUUCAGAGGAGUUGACCUCGAUGCUCUUCUAGACAUGUCUACUGAUGAUCUUGUCAAGCUCUUCCCUGCCCGUAUUCGCAGAAGGUUCUCGAGAGGAUUGACGAGAAAGCCUAUGGCUUUAAUUAAGAAACUCCGUAAGGCGAAAAGAGAAGCACCGGCUGGUGAGAAGCCAGAACCAGUGAGAACCCACUUGAGGAACAUGAUCAUUGUGCCUGAAAUGAUUGGUAGCAUCAUCGGUGUGUACAAUGGAAAGACUUUCAACCAAGUUGAGAUCAAGCCUGAGAUGAUUGGACACUACCUUGCUGAGUUCUCUAUCUCAUACAAGCCAGUCAAGCAUGGUAGGCCUGGUGUUGGUGCUACCCACUCCUCCAGGUUCAUCCCUCUCAAGUGAAGACCUUACAGAAUCUGUGUCCUUCUCUUUUUUCCCUAGCUAUGCAUUUAUAGGGUCCUCUAUAUUUCUGUUUUUGGACCACUUUUGUCUGCACCUCUUCUGUUUGGCUACUCUGCUGCAUCUCACUCUCCUUUAUAUGUGCCUCAACUCUUGUUUCAAUUAAAGAAGACUCGAAAUUUUUUUGGAAAA